AUGGUAUUUUUCGGUUCAAGAAAGCAUGGUAGCAUCUUUACCUUUAACAAGGAUGAUGGUUAUUUAGAAGCACUUCUCCGUGGUUUCAGAAAGGGUAUCUUGUCUGCUGCCGAUUACACUAAUCUUCGUCAAUGUGAUUCACUUGAAGAUAUGAAGUUACAUCUCUCUCAGACAGAUUAUGGAGAUUUCCUUGCAGGUGAACCAUCACCCAUUCACACUACAACCAUGGCAGAAAAGGCUACACAAAAGUUGGUUGAUGAGUUUAUGCAAAUCAGAAAUCAAUCGGUCGAACCACUUUCCACCUUCCUCGACUACAUUUCCUAUGGCUACAUGAUCGAUAAUGUCGUGUUGCUCAUCACUGGUACCCUUCACGAACGUGACGUUUCAGAGUUGGUUGACAAGUGUCAUCCACUCGGUAUGUUCAAGUCAAUGGCUACCUUGUCUGUCGUACACAACGUUGCCGAUUUAUACAACAACGUAUUGAUUGAUACUCCACUUGCCCCAUACAUUCAAAACUGUCUCUCUGAAGAGGAUUUGGAUGAAAUGAAUAUUGAAAUUAUUAGAAAUACCCUCUACAAAGCCUAUUUGGAAGACUUUUAUGCUUACUGCAAUGAAUUAGGAGGUCAAACUUCUUUAAUUAUGAAUGAUAUCCUCAAGUUUGAAGCCGAUAGAAGAUCAAUUAAUAUUACAAUCAAUUCAUUCGGUGCUACUGAAUUGACAAAGGACGACAGAGAAAAAUUAUACCCAUCUAUUGGUUUGUUAUACCCAGAAGGUACAACCAAGCUCAGCAAGGCUGAAGAUGUCGACCACGUCAGAUCAAUCCUUGAAGUAUACAGUGCCUACAAAUCUUUCUUUUCCGAAGGUGUCAACGCUGAAUCAUCUUUGGAAGAUGCUUUCUUUAAGCAUGAAGUCCAUUUGAAUCGUAUGGCUUUUGAAGAUCAAUAUGGUUAUGGUGUAUUUUUCGCCUACGUUAAAUUAAGAGAACAAGAAAUUAGAAACAUUGUCUGGAUUGCAGAAUGUAUCAGUCAAAACAUGAAAUCAAAGAUUGAUCAAUUCAUUCCAAUCUUUUAA